AUGUCCCACUGCCACGACGAGCACCACGACCACAGCCACGGCGGCCACGGCCACGACGAGCACGACCACUCGGACGACAUCGCGCCCGCGCUGCAGCACUCGCUGUACGGCCACAUCAACUUUGACGAGGUGACGGCCCUCAACGAGGCGGCCAUCGGCAGCGCGCGGGCCGUCGUCAAGAAGACGUGGGCCGAGAGGCUGGACGCCGAGCCCGAGGUCGUGAGCGACUGUGAUGAGCAGUUGUUGGUUAACGUUCCCUUCACCGGCCAAGUAAAACUCCACGCCCUCCUCCUCCGCACCUCCGACUCCCCCUCCGCCCCGCGCACCCUCAAACUCUUCACCAACCGCGACGACCUCGACUUCGCCUCCGCCGAAGACGCGCACCCCGCGCAGGAGUUCGAGCUCUCGCGCACGGCGCAGGUCCAAGAGAUCCCCGUCAAGCGGAGCCUCUUCGGGCGCGUCCAGCGCCUGACGCUGUUCUUCGAGGACAACUUCGGCGACGGCGACGAGGGCGAGACGAGGGCGUCGUACCUGGGGUUCAAGGGCGAGUGGAUGCAGCUGGGGCGGGCGCCGGCGAAUAUCCUGUACGAGGCGGCGGCGAACCCGAGUGAUCACAAGGUCAAGGGGACGGGGGUGAACGAUGUUGGGAGCGGUAUUGGAGGACGGCAGUGA